AUGUCCAAAAAAUAUUUCAUCAAGUCAUAUGAUGAUUUUCAAGAUGGCACAGCAAAUGCACUUGCUGAUUAUACCAUAUACAAUGCUUUAAUAAAUGCAGCAGAUGCAUGGUCUAAUGUAUCAUCACAAACAAUAUGCAACUGCUGGUUAAAGACUGGUAUUCUUCCAGAAAGAACAAUUGUCGAACCUUCCAGUAUCAAUGAUGAGGAUGAAGAGAAAGAUUUGGAAAUGUUGCUUGAAAAGUUACCAAAUGGUGAAGAUCUUUCAGCAAAUGAAUAUAUUAACAUUGAGGAUUGGAUGAGCCUCACUGAUGAAAAUAUAAUAGAAAUGCAAGAACUGGAAUUUGGUGAGGUUGAUGAUGAAAUAAGGGUUUUGAGAAGAUUAAAUAGACGGAUUGGAUUAGCCAUUCAAAAAAAUCUUAAACAACCUGGCCUCCACCACUACUUUGAGGAUAAAAUAAUUGAGUAG